CCUUUAACGCGACGAGACGUUGUAUCAAGUGUACGAGAAGAGAAACGUUACGACGGAAGUCGAGUGUGGAAAGAAGCCAGAGAUAAAUGGAGAAAAGAGAUUUCAUCCACGUUUGAGGAAGAUGCUCUUCCGGGGAAAAUGAAGGUUCCCUCGUAUCGGUCGAAUCGUCAUCGUCUUACCGGAGACUUAGUGGGCCUAUCAAGGAUACAAUCAUACGAGCUGGAGCAAAACGUAGGCUAAGCUAUCUCCAUUAGCUGAUCCUCAGAGUCCCUGCACGCAUCGUCGCUGACGACUUGUUGAUCCCAACUUGACCCGCGGUAAUCCUGCUGCCCGUGGUGUAAAUUAAGACGGCCCAACUCUGCUGAACCAAAAACGAAAUUAUAGAGAUAAAAUGUUGGUUGGGUUCAAGGAUACAGCAUCAAGUGUACAGUUGACUCGAAAAACGUCAAAAUUUGAAAAGUCAAGAAACAGAGGCUCAGGUUUUCAGCUGUUCUCGAUCCUGGAGCCGCGGAAUUUAAUCAAUACCUAGAUAAAGACAAAUAAAAAGCGAGAAGAUUCCUUACUUUUGAAAACUGUAACCGAGGUAGAAGUCCAGAGUCUCGGAAACUUUUGGCAGUGUCGUUAUAUCCGUAUCUCCAAUCGGAUGAUGGACUAUCUCAACAACAUGAACGCGAGCAGGACGGAGGAAAGUGGAGGAAGUCAAAACUUCCGCGACAAUCAAACCGCGUCUCAGGUUACCUGCGGCCUUAGAUACCGUAACUUUCUGCUACCAGCUGGAGAAAUUUGGUGCAACUGGGCUUGGGACUCGAUCUUAUGUUGGCCACCGACCAAAGCUUCCACUUCGGCGAGGCACAGAUGCCCGAGGGAAAACGGUAUAGAUACAACCAAAUUCGUGGAAAAACGGUGCGGUGAGGACGGGCAGUGGGAAGGUCGAGAAGGAUCGUUUGGUGUUCGCGGUUCCCCGGUUUCGGGGGUCCCCGACAACGUUCAUGGCGAACCCCACGGUUGGACGAAUUACACGCCUUGCUUCACCCCAGAAAUGCUUCAGCUCAUUCGCAAGCUCUAUUCGGGAAGCGAAGACGCUGCCAAGGUGAAAUUGGACAUCGCGCAGAGAACCAGAAACCUGGAAAUCGUUGGAUUCAGCGUUUCUCUCGCCGCAUUGCUCGUGUCUUUGGCGAUAUUUUGUCACUUCAGGAGCCUGAGGAACACCAGAACCCGCAUCCACAAGAACCUCUUCGUGGCUAUGGUGAUGCAAGUCCUAAUUCGCCUCACCCUGUACAUAGACCAAGCACUGCUGAGGACCAAGGCUACCGGAGUCAGUCGUGGCAUCGAAAACACGCCAGUCCUUUGCGAGGCGAGCUACAUCCUCCUGGAAUAUGCAAGAACGGCGGUGUUCCUGUGGAUGUUCAUCGAGGGGCUUUACCUGCACAAUGUUAUUACCGUUACCAUAUUCCAAGAGACAUCCUACUACCGGAUGUACCGUUUCGUCGGUUGGGGUUGCCCGGUUCUAAUGACCUUGGCUUGGGCUAUAGUAACGGCAUUUUACUACCACCCCUCAAAAUGCUGGUGGGGCUACAACCUGACCCUAUACUUCUGGAUCCUGGAAGGGCCCAGAAUGGCGGUUAUACUGCUGAACUUCUUGUUCCUUUUAAACAUCAUUCGAGUCCUGGUGGUGAAACUGCGACAGAGUCACACAAGCGAGAUCGAACAAGUUCGGAAGGCUGUGAGAGCGGCGGUGGUCCUGCUUCCGCUUUUGGGAAUCACAAAUUUGAUAUCCAUGGCAGAGGCGCCACUGGAUAAGGCGGUGUGGGAGUUCGCAUUGUGGUCCUAUUCGACCCACUUCCUCACUUCGUUUCAAGGACUCUUUGUCGCCAGCCUUUAUUGUUUUCUCAACGGCGAGGUUCGACUCGCGCUCAGCAAGACAAUAACAACGUACCUAUCGUCGAGAGGAACGGAUCCUCGUAACAGGAGGCAAUUAGCGUACAGCGCCUGCCAAUCUCAUCGCAUAACGGCAGCGAUAGAAUUUGAGGAUCACGAGAAGACAAAGGAGCCGUUGAAUCGAAGGAAUUGGACACGCCUUUGCUGCCGAAAAGGUGACGUUUCGGUGGCCGAGGAGCCGGCGGAGACGAGGGUCUGACCUCGGUGGUGCCGUGGAUGGUGCUUCGGAAGGGGUUGGGGUUGGCGGCACCGAGUCUACGUGGUGGACGGCCUUCAGGGCUGAAUUUUACGACUCUCAUCCCGACCAGGAACCGCAAUUGCGAACUUGAAGAGUGGCAGCGAUUUUUUUCACUGAUACCAGCCGCCAGUCCGGAGUCUCUUGAUUAUCUGCAGGACGGAUGAACGGACGCCGGUAGAUUUUUCCAAAAAGCUACGGGAGUGAGUGAACGCGUCCUUUCGCUUCAAGACUUCGAAGGUUCGAUAGGCGCCCCCUUAACGUGAUCCUUCCGCAGCUUUUGAAGGUCGCUUUUAAGUCGCUACGACGUUUCCAAGAUCGAUGCAGACGGACCAACGUCGUUGGGGUGAGAAGUUCUGCUCGAUUUAUUCUGGACCCGAAUUUCCACUAUCUGGUGGUCCGUUUCAUGACGAAGAUAAAGAAAAACCGAGAUUACAUCGUUCAUCUUCGAAAUUGGCCCAGCGAAAAUGCACCCAUCCUGCGAUCAUUAGCCAGUCCGCAAAAGCUCCGUGGAAAUCGUCGAGUCUAAAUAUAGAAGGGAAGGUACGCGGAUACUCAAGGAAUCAAUUCCGAGAAGCUUUCGAGGGUCAAAGUGGAGGAUAAUACGAUCAUUUUCAACCCGUAGUUGGUCAGCUAGGUCCCUUUUUUGCUCGCGGCAUUUAUACGCAGCGACGACGAACUGUUAACGACGAUACGAAAAAUAUCCCGACCAAUCUACAUAUAUGUAACACGUAAAGCGUCAAUUAUACGUAAAUGGGUGCUGUAAACCCGAAUGCAUGAUCGCCUGUAGCUAAGCAAACACCAGUACUUGAUUAUUUUUUAAAUUUCCUACGUUUCGCCGGCAUUAAGGUAUAAGAUUAUAUAAUCGAUAUUCAUGUCUGGAAUGAAUAAAUUUGAUGAGGGCAUUGAUAUUCAAGUAAGAAUAAGCGUACAACACUCAUCGUAAUCGGAAUGUAUUCAAUGAUUGGGGGAAAAAAGUUAUUCUCAAGUAAAAACGUUCUCAUCGCUCCCUCAAGUCGAUUCGGCACUCACAUCUCAUCUGGCUCGGUCUAAUCAGUCAUAAAUUGCCUCUAAAUUGGGGUCAAGUAGUGUUGAAAUUGAAUCGAGGAUAUUACAAGUACGUAACUAACAGAGGCAUGUUUAUUGUCAUGAAUUGUCAGUUGAUUACAGUUUACAACUCAGUGCCAAAUAUAUUUUCGAACGAUCUUUUAAAGUGUGACGGAUAUAGUGUAUUAUAUUAUUAAUUAGAAAAUUAUUUUUUCAUACAUGGUAAUCGGAAUGAGUGUGACAAUGUGCAUUGGAUAAUGCGUCUGAAACAAGGGAACACGAUGUUACAUGUUGAAAAUAAAUUGUUUAUUCUGCAUCGCGAAUCGAGGUGAAUAAGUAACCACGUUGCAAAAGAGUCGUGUAGUUUAGGACUAAGACGUAAAUAAUAAGGAAGAAAUCGAUACUACUAGCAGAUAAUACUGAACACCGAAUACUGCACAUCAACGAUAAAUACUCGAUUAACAUG